AUGCCUGCCCCUUCAGAACAGUGCAAAGAUUCCUGCAAGGAAGCUGACUGCUGCAAAGACAACAACUGCGAGACUUCUUGCAAGGAUUGCUCUACCGAAGAAUUCCUGCCAAAGAACCAAAUAGAACAAAUUCUACCACCAAAGACUAAAGCUAGUCCACCAAAAAGCAAACAAGAACCGCAAGCCUUGGGAUGUCCAGAAGACUGUCCAUGCAAGAUGAAUGUCCAAAAACCACAAAAGCGCCCUCUGCAAUUACUGUUCAACUUAAUAGGAAUUAUUGUGGCAAUAGGAGGCAAACGAGCAAACUGCUCACCAGAUGUAAGUGAUUGGCGCCGCCCAUGGACAUCUGAGCUACCAGAGAAGUCACAGGCACUACGGUUACCGUCAGAGUGGUACUCGUUGCCAGAGUCUGUAUUCCCCAAAGAGAACCUCAAGUCAGUCUUCUAUACGGCGCGUAGCGUUCCGCGGGCGACUCAAAGAGCCAAUAGACCACCACAGACGGGGCCCUAUAGGGCUGAUGUUCAGCCGGGGUUGCGGGGUAAGAGCAAUGAGGCACCGCCACCUCGUCCCCGAGCAGGUGAAGGAACAGGGGACACGUGUGGUGGCGGGGCGGCCGCGUGCGGGGCCAACUGCACCUGCGGCCCCAACUGCGCGUGUGGAGAUGGCAAGCCGUCUGGCGGCAAGCCAUGCUGUCAGGGAGGCGGCAAGAAGUAA